AUGAUGAGAGCUGAUAUAAGAAGAUGCCGAAGGUGUAAAAGAAAAAGACUUGAUGAUGAACCACUUGAGGUGCGACAAUAUAAAACAUGUGCCAAGUGUCGUAUCAUUGAAAGAAACAAAAAGAACCUGCGUAAGCCUUUGGCACAAGAAACAAUGUUAUAUGGCCUUAAGCAAUUUAGAGAACAGCAGCUGACAGAAAACUACAUUGAGGAAGAAGGUUUACUAAAGGACGAAUUUUUUAAAAGGUACCAUAAUAAACCGUUUAAUUACGAUUUUGAAAUUGCCAAAGUGUUGAAUGACCCAAAUUAUGUUCCUCCUGUGAUUACGAUAAAUUCCGAUGAGAUUCCAAACACGGGGGCAACAUCGCCUAAUGGGACACGAUACCAGAUGACAUUACGUCCCGAUGAAGGAACACCAUCGAAGUCAUCAAAGUCUCAUUCGCACUCUUCUUCAUCUUAUCGUAUUGAAAAGCCUUUUAAGGCAAAGAAAAUUGAUUUGAAAGGGCUAGAGGAAAAGUUUGAUAUCAACUCAAACAUGCAAACGCCAACAGGGCGUAACAAGUUUAAGCCGCAACACCCCGUGGGAGAAACCCCAUCGGUACUGGGUGUUCCAUUUCCGACUGAAACUGUGAAGCGAAAGCAAUCCGGUAACAACCACAUUGGUCAUAACAAUAGUAGUGGUAAUAAUAAUAACGGCAGUAAAGCGCCAGAGGACCAGAAUGACAUUAUCAAGGAAUUGAUGGAAUUGGGGGAAGACCUGGAUGAUAGUGUUGGUGUUGGUGCAAACCUUACCGUUAGUGGUCCUGACGCAGAUACUGGCACCAGCACCGGCAUUGGCACUGGCACUGGCACUGGUGCUGGUACUGGUGUUGGCUCAGAUAAGGAUGGCGUUGGUAAAUCUGGUCAGACAUUCAAUCCAUACAAAUUCAAGAAUGUUUUUCACAACUUUGAAAAACUUCUUUUACAGAUAUUGGAGAAAAGGGUCAAUAAUGAAAGUUGCAAGAAUCUAGUGUUUCUAAAAGAACUUGACAAAGAGUUUGCUCUGGAGUUGGCUAAAUUAAGUAUUAACAACACCAAUGCUGCCUCUGCCACUGCUACUACUACAGAACUGCAUGCUUCUCAUCAGAAUCCAUCAAAGCUUACUGAACGUCAAUCUCGUUUGAACAUGUUGGCAAAUUUGAAAAAGCUAUACAUUGACCCCAUAAUUGCCACGUUGGCUUUGCAACUUGAUCAAAAAUCUACAAAUGCCCAAGAUUACAAGUAUACGGAUACAUUGCGGUCUUUUUUCUACUAUGCGGAUCCCUACAUGCAUCAGAAUUUGAACCAGGGCAUCGUCAAUGGUAGCGAUGUAAUUAACCCACAUAGGGUUAAAUCCUCAUCAAUAAGUCUUGGGUUUAACAAGAAGUUGAACAUUAUGACUAUUAAAAUAAGUUUCACCACGUAUUCUGAUCUUAACAAAGCGACGUUUUAUCCACCAGAAUUGAAGGAGACAAUUGUACUGGUUUUGAAGACCUUAGCUACGCAACUAGGCACAAGAACCGGCGAGUUCAAGGUUGAUAACGAAAUAGCUCUGAAUGUGUAUCAAGAACUUUGCAAGCAGAUCAUUACAGCUGGAAAUGAGAGCUUACUGCCGUAUGUGAAAAAUUUGCUGGAAGAGAGUUUUAUUAGUGACCUUGUAAACAAUGCAAAUGAGUUUGAAAAAAUCGUGCAGGAGACUGUGAUUAUUGGAGGCCAAGAUGAAAAUAAAGAUGAGCGUGAAAGUGAAGCCAGUCACGAAGCCAGUCAUGUAGUCAAUGAUAAAGUCGAUGGUGGAGUUGAUAUUGAAGAAGAGGGUGCAAUUUCAGAAAAAGAGGGUGUUGUCGACAAUCAAGAACUACAAGCAUUGGAAGAAGUUGCACGUGAGACGGUUCUGGAGAAUGAACACAAUGAACCUAUCGCUAAUGACAUCAACAUGGAAGAUGCGGAAGGAAAUGCACCUGACAAGGAGGAAAUAAUAGAGGUUCCAGAAACACGUAUUGGCCACAAUCUAGUGGAAAUGGAAAUUGAAGGGAAAGUUGAAGAAGGGAAAGAAGAAGAUGGAAAAGUAGAAACUGAAGAGAAGAUGGAGAAGGUAAAAGCAGAACAGGAAGAGCAAAAAGAAGCAGAGCAACACGAAGAAGUAGAAAAGGAACAAGAAAAAGAACAAGAAAAAGAGGAAGAAAAAGAAGAAGAAAAAGAAAAGGAGGAAGAAAAAGAACAAGAAAAAGAAGAGAGAAAGGAACAAAAAACAGAGUCAACCCUUGUGUUCGAAUUACCAAACUUGACCGAUGGUUCUAAUAUUCCAGAAGUUCUCAAAGACAAUAAUGAUCCUACUGGUGACAUAAUUAUGGCCGAUACAGAAACAAAUGUAGGUACUUUAGACCCAGUGUUUAAUAGCUAG